GUGUGUGUAUAAAAUAAUUAAAGGCCAAUCUAAUCGUAGCAUUACGAACAUUUACGUUCUACGCAUCCUUGUUCAGUGUUAGUGCACGGCCUUGGUUAAAAUUUUCAUUUGAAACUGAUUUGAAAAAAUUUAGUUAAAGAUUCAUGAACAAUUAAAAUUUAGAACGAGCUAUUGAACAUCGAUCCCAUGGAUAAAGAGAAGGAGAAAUCCAGUCCGUUGGAGAAAUCAAAUAUUUUUUCGUAUCUCACUUUUGGGUAUGUUUUGGAACUAUUAAAAAAAGGAUGGAAACACGAUUUGAGCGAAAAUGAUUUAUAUGCAUUACCGAAAAAAUGUAAAUCAAAAGUGUAUGGAAAACAGGCCAUAACUCAAUGGCGGAAAACUCCUUCAUUAUUUAAACUUUUACUACAUAAAUUCGGAUCGGCUUACGUCAUAUUUUGCCUAGCACACAUAGGUUGGACUGAAAUUCGCAGUUUGUUGCGACCGUACGGGAUGAGCCGUCUGAUAACUUAUUUCGACAAAAAACAAACAUCGAUAUCGGAAUCCGAAGCCUACUACUGCGCCAGUAUUGUUAUCUUCACGAAGAUCUUCCAGUUCGUUUUCAUAUCAAAUUUGCUCGUUUUCGAAGUCAAAUUUCUGAUACAAUUAAGGACGGCCCUACAGUCGCUGCUCUACGAGAAGAUAUUGAGACUUUCGACGACUUCAGUAUUGGAGACUAGUUCCGGGAAUUUGAUCACUGUUUUGACCAAAGACAUCCAUUGCGUGGAGUUGAAUCUGUGGGUGUUUAAGGAUUUUAUUAUGUUUACCGUACAAUCCGUUACAGUAUUUUAUUUAAUCUGGUCUAGAGUCGGCUUAGCUGCAUUUACUGUGAUCGGAGUAUACAUGAUAGCACUACCGCUUCAAGGAUAUUUAUGCACAAAAAUUGCCAUGCUCAAAUUGAGAGUAUGCCAAAAUGCAGAUGAGCGACUCCAACUUACUCAUGAAGUUCUAGCAGCUAUACGAGUAAUCAAAAUGUAUACUUGGGAGAAAUUUUUUAUCGGAAAAAUCACCGAAUCAAGAAGGAAAGAAGUGGCAGCUCUUUUAAAAAUGCUUCUGAUCCACUUCUUACUGGUGGUAAUCGGUCUUUUUGUAUCCGGAGUAACAUUUCUCAUUUUAAUUUUAACCUACAUAUGGAUGGGGAACGAUACCAACACAGAACUAAUAUUCUAUAUAUCCAGCGUUUUCCACGAAUUAACCAUGGCCAUGGGCAUCAUGAUACCUAUGAAUAUGAGUAAAACCGCGGAAUUUUUUGCCUCGCUGAGACGAAUAAACAAAGUGUUCCAAUGCCAAGAAAUUUCGAAAAUAGAAAAUAUUUACAAGGAAGCUUUAAUAGACAUAAACGACGUCACGGUUGAAAUGAAGAACGCAAAGGUUCUUGAUGAUGUUUCGCUGAAAAUAACAAAACCGGGCUUACAUGUUAUUACGGGCUCCGUUGGAUCAGGAAAAAGUUCUAUUUUUCAAGUUAUCAUUGGAUUGCAUAAUCUGACAGAAGGUUAUUGCAAGAUAGGAGGAACCAUUUCAUUUGCGGCUCAGGAACCAUGGUUGUACCCUUCAUCAAUCAAAAAUAACAUCCUAUUUGGGGAAAAAUACAACAAAGCAAGGUACGAUGAAGUCCUCAGGAUAUGCGGAUUGGACUACGAUUUGAGAUACUUACAAAAUGGGGAUGAAACUAUAGUAUCUGAAGGUGGAAUGAACCUAAGCAAGGGCCAACAAGCUAGAAUCAAUUUAGCUAGAUGUGUCUAUAAAGAAAGUGAUAUGUAUCUUUUAGACGAUCCAUUAACAGCACUUGAUGCCACCGUUCAAGAUUAUAUUUUUACUGAAUGUAUUUGUAAAUUUUUGAAAAGCAAAAUCGUCCUUUUCAUCUCUCAAAAUGACAAACAUAUGAAGGUGGCCGAUAAUGUGUUUACACUGAGCCAAGGAAAACUAAUAAACGAAUCUAAACCAACUGUUACAACAGAAGAAAAAGAAGCUGUCAUCAAAACCAUUUCCAGUGAUUUAAUUGAAAAGAAGAUUUUAGAAAAAGCCGCUAUAGCAGAAAGCGACAAUCCGUAUACUAAUGAUAAUUUAUUCCACGAAACACACGAAUCGGGUAAUAUAAAACUCGACGUUUACAAGUCGUAUAUAAAGUAUGGAGGAGGUUACAUAUUUUUUGGAGCGAUUAUGUUACUUUAUACCGUUUCGCAAGGUGCAAGUCUGCUGACAGAAAAAAUAUUCGCAAAAUGGGUUGACGUUCAAGCUGAAUCAAACAAUACAAAUCCAGCAAGAGAAAAUUCUUACACGAAGCAAGAUUACUUAAAUUUCUACAGUUUAUCCCUGGUUGGUUCUUCAAUAAUAACAUUUAUUACGUUGUAUUCCUUGUUGAGGUUCACCAGAAAUGCUUCAUACAGUAUGCACAAAGCAAUGAUAUCAAAAGUUACAACUGCCGUUAUGGUGUUCUUUGAUACUCAUUAUUUAGGAAACGUAGUCAACAGAUUUUCGUAUGAUCUCAAUAUAGCCGAUGAACGAUUACCUUUAAUAUUUUUACAUCUGUUUAGGGCAAUGUUUAGUUGCAUAGGCAUAAUUGUACUGAUAGCAACAGUGAACUGGAUAUUUAUCAUACCGUCAACAAUAUUCAUGGUGCUUAUAUUAUUCAUGAGACUUUUUUAUAUUAAUACUGGAAGGAAUCUAAAAAGAAUUGAAGCAGCAACAAGAAGUCCAUUAGUUGGGCAUAUAAACAGUACCAUGGACGGUUUGUCGACAAUUCGAGCUUUUGACGCAGAAAAAAGACUAUCAGACGAAUUUUACAGGCACCAAGAUUUAUAUUCUUCAGCAAUUCUAACAAUGAAAGUCAGUCAAGCUGCUUUUAAUUUUUUUAUGGGCGUGCUAAGCGCAAGUUUUACCUCAUUGAUCAUCGCAAAAUAUCUGUUUUUCGAAGAAGAAACAACUGCUGGUAAUGUUGGAUUAGUCCUUACAAAUGUUCUGAGAAUUUCCGAUUUGGUAUCAUGGGGCGUGUAUGAAUGGAUAGAACUAGAAACCAACAUGACUUCAGUAGAAAGGUGUAUAGAAUACACUAAUCUAAACCAAGAAAAUCAAACGGGAACCCACGUAGACAACUGGCCGAAAUCCGGAGAAAUCGUAUAUAAACAAGUCGAAUUGAAAUAUAACGGUGAAAAAAUCCCCGUUUUGAAAAAUAUCAAUAUUACCGUACGGCCGAAGCAAAAUAUUGGUAUUGUUGGAAGAACUGGUGCUGGUAAAUCUUCCAUCAUUUCCACGCUGUUUAGGUUGUACGAGUUUGAUGGAAACAUUGAAAUAGACGGAGAAGAUACCAAGAAAUUAUCUCUACGUUUCCUAAGAAACAACAUAGCCGUAAUACCACAAGAUCCCGUCCUGUUCACUGGCAGUAUCCGUGAAAAUAUCGAUCCUUAUCGCAAGCAUCCGGAUGAAAAAAUUUGGUCCUUGCUGAGGAAGCUGAUGAUAGACAGCAGCGUAAAAACUUUGGAUAGCGAUAUUACUAACUUCAGUGCAGGCCAGAAGCAACUUUUGUGUAUGGCCAGAGCGGCACUCGGGGACUGCAAAAUUGUCGUCCUGGACGAAAUUACCGCUAACAUGGACACGGAAAAUGACGAGUUGAUUCACUCGUUGGUAAAAGAGCUUUUCCAGGAUUGCACGAUUUUAACAGUAGCGCAUAGAAUGAAUUUUAUAUUAAGCUGUGAUAUGGUGAUUGUGAUGGAUAAAGGGGAAAUAGUCGAAUUCGAUGAACCUGAAGUAUUGUUAAAGGAUAGUACUUCAAUUUUCUCUAAAAUAUGUGAUAAAGCCAAUUCCUAAAACGAUCUAACUCGUACCUAAAGAAGAAAAUUAUUUUUUUAUUGUAAUUAGGAUCUAAAUCAAAGAAAAACAG